AUGGGCAGAGGAGCUGUUAAAGGAGCUGCUAAAGGGUAUGAAUCUGAAUUUUUAAUGGUGCUUGUGUUCAGUAGUAAAAUCAGUGGGGACAAUCAACUGGGUGGAUCCAUUCCAGCAGAAAUUGGUGAAUAUCCUCAACUUGUAUAUCUGUCUCUCACUCGAAAUCAUCUCAGCGGUAGCAUUCCACCUUCUAUAUUAUGCAGAAUACGAAUUGUGGAUCUCUCAAAUAACAAGCUUACAGGUAAGAUUCCUGCCUGUUUUAAAAAUAGCUCUGUUAUCGAGAUGUUGAACUUAGAGAACAAUUAUUUGGAGGGCGAGUUGCCACAGCAGUUUGGAGAAAUGCUUUCUCUUCAGACAUUAAAAUUAGGUGGAAAUCGACUGAAUUCGUAUAUCCCAACCUCUCUUGCAAACUGUAAGCAGUUGGAGAUACUAGAUUUGAACAACAACAAAAUGAGAGGGAUCAUUCCAAAUUGGAUAGGGCAGCUAUCAAGUCUUAAGAUUCUGAUCUUGAGAUCAAAUAGAUUUGAAGGGUUAAUACCUUCAGAACUCACAACAUUGCCACUUCUUCAAAUCUUGGAUCUUUCAUCCAACAGAUUUUCAGGAAUUAUUCCAGCCAAUCUCUCAUCUUUGCAGGCUUUGAAAGAUCAAACAGUCGCUGCCGAAAUCUUUCUUAGUGGAGAUAUUGGCACUCUUAAACUCUAUGUAGAUCGAGUGACAAUCAAUAACAAAGGACAGUGGAUGGAGUUUGUAAGAUCAUUGGCACUGGUAAAAUGUAUUGAUUUAUCAAGCAACAAUUUAUCAGGUGGAAUUCCUCCAAACAUGGGAUCACUAGAGGGUUUGAUUAUUCUUAAUAUUUCAAGAAACCAUUUUAAGGGUGAAAUACCGAAGACUUUGGGGAAAAUGAUACAGCUGCAGUCCCUUGAUCUCUCACACAACCAACUCUCUGGAAUGAUUCCUUCCGAGCUGCAAUUGCUUACAUUCUUGGGUUACUUGGACUUGUCCCACAAUAAUCUUUCUGGAAGGAUACCACAAGGGGGACAACUCUUAACAUUUGAUACAUUGUCCUUUUCAAACAAUUCAGACUUAUGCGGCCUCCAACUCAAUACAACCUGUUGUGGCAUUCACAAAAAUAAAUCUUGUCCUCCAAGCAUUCUGCCAGGGAUAAAUGUUGAUGAGACAGAUGCAGAAAAAGAUAUAUGGUGGGGAGUUGGUCUGGGCCUGAGCUACGCAGUUGGGUUCUCUCUUGCUGUAGGGUUGAGAGUUUGCAUGGAUAGCAAGGAAAGCGAAAGAAUGAAGUUAGUGGAAAAUAUAAAAGACAAUCAACUGGGUGGAUCCAUUCCAGCAGAAAUUGGUGAAUAUCCUCAACUUGUAUAUCUGUCUCUCACUCGAAAUCAUCUCAGCGGUAGCAUUCCACCUUCUAUAUUAUGCAGAAUACGAAUUGUGGAUCUCUCAAAUAACAAGCUUACAGGUAAGAUUCCUGCCUGUUUUAAAAAUAGCUCUGUUAUCGAGAUGUUGAACUUAGAGAACAAUUAUUUGGAGGGCGAGUUGCCACAGCAGUUUGGAGAAAUGCUUUCUCUUCAGACAUUAAAAUUAGGUGGAAAUCGACUGAAUUCGUAUAUCCCAACCUCUCUUGCAAACUGUAAGCAGUUGGAGAUACUAGAUUUGAACAACAACAAAAUGAGAGGGAUCAUUCCAAAUUGGAUAGGGCAGCUAUCAAGUCUUAAGAUUCUGAUCUUGAGAUCAAAUAGAUUUGAAGGGUUAAUACCUUCAGAACUCACAACAUUGCCACUUCUUCAAAUCUUGGAUCUUUCAUCCAACAGAUUUUCAGGAAUUAUUCCAGCCAAUCUCUCAUCUUUGCAGGCUUUGAAAGAUCAAACAGUCGCUGCCGAAAUCUUUCUUAGUGGAGAUAUUGGCACUCUUAAACUCUAUGUAGAUCGAGUGACAAUCAAUAACAAAGGACAGUGGAUGGAGUUUGUAAGAUCAUUGGCACUGGUAAAAUGUAUUGAUUUAUCAAGCAACAAUUUAUCAGGUGGAAUUCCUCCAAACAUGGGAUCACUAGAGGGUUUGAUUAUUCUUAAUAUUUCAAGAAACCAUUUUAAGGGUGAAAUACCGAAGACUUUGGGGAAAAUGAUACAGCUGCAGUCCCUUGAUCUCUCACACAACCAACUCUCUGGAAUGAUUCCUUCCGAGCUGCAAUUGCUUACAUUCUUGGGUUACUUGGACUUGUCCCACAAUAAUCUUUCUGGAAGGAUACCACAAGGGGGACAACUCUUAACAUUUGAUACAUUGUCCUUUUCAAACAAUUCAGACUUAUGCGGCCUCCAACUCAAUACAACCUGUUGUGGCAUUCACAAAAAUAAAUCUUGUCCUCCAAGCAUUCUGCCAGGGAUAAAUGUUGAUGAGACAGAUGCAGAAAAAGAUAUAUGGUGGGGAGUUGGUCUGGGCCUGAGCUACGCAGUUGGGUUCUCUCUUGUAAUUGGAGUGUUGUGUCUUACCACAACUUGGAGUAGAAAAUGCUUUCAGAUCAUGGACAAAAUUAUCAUCUACCUUUUUGGAAGGUUCAGAAAAUAG